AUGCCUCAGAGGUACCAAUGUAACACUGAAGGUCUAGACAAUUCCGGCAGAGUUACUGGUCUUCAGUCCGUGUUGGAAGGUGGAAAGCAGCAACUGGAGUUUGAUUCAGAUGUAAACCUGCCUUCCUGUCCGGCCGCCAUCAGAGAGCAGAGGCCAUGGCCCUGCGCCACCCCCAUGGCCGUGGGCCUCAAGGAAGGCCACAAGGUGAUGAAAAACAUCAGCAAGCGGGGACACAGCCAGCGCCGCGAUCACCUCACCAAGCACACCAAGUUUGUGCGGGACAAGAUCCCGGAGGUGUGCGGUUUCGUGCCCUACGAGUGGCACGCCCUGGAGUUGCUCAAAGUGUCCAAGGACAAGCACACACUCAAGUUCAUCAAGAGGACGGUGGGCGCGCACAUCCACGCCAAGAGAAAGUGGGAGGAGCUGAGCAACGUGCUGGCAGCAAGAAGGAUUGAUGGGCCCUCCCCCAAUAAGAGGUCCGUUGCUUCUUGCUCCUGA